UGUGAUGUUCACCUCGGAAAAAAGGUCUAUAAAACCAAGCACUGUACAAACCGUUAUCUCAGAUCCAACGGAAAGUUUGAAUUCAGGGGAUCUGCACCUCAACAGGUUUUGGAGUCAGAUUAAGAAUGUUGAAUGUAUUUACGCUUUGGGCUCUGCUCACAAUUGCGGAAGGUGCUCUUCUAAAUGAAACUGGGCAGCCAUCAAGUCGUGGACUACCUGAUCCAUCUGUUGAGUAUAACAUGUGUCCCAUUCCAAACCAAGACUAUCCUUUCAAUGCAGAUAUGGUCCCAGCAUACUGUGUCUGUAUGCAUUGUAAAGGGCCAAAAGGAGAUCAAGGUCCUAGAGGAGACAGAGGAAACUUUGGAGCACCAGGAAGACCAGGCUCGAGUGGCAUGAAAGGAAUCAAAGGAGCAAGAGGACCGAGGGGUCCAGGAGGUUUUAGAGGGCUAAAAGGACAGAAAGGAACUCGAGGUCCAAGAGGCAUGAUGGGACUCAAGGGAAUUCGAGGACAUCGUGGCUUUGAAGGCCGUAGAGGUCUAAGGGGUAACCCAGGUGCUAAUGGACUCCCAGGUGUUAAGGGAAGUUCAGGUGUUCCUGGUCAAUGUCCCGCUGAAUGCCAGAGCAUAAAAGGAGAUCCAGGACAGAAAGGAGAUACAAGUUCCAGUGGUCCAAAGGGAGAUAUGGGUGAAGUUGGCUUGUCGGGACAACCUGGCCUCAAAGGUGAAACAGGAAGCACUGGCUUUAAAGGAGACAGUGGUGUUGAAGGAGUGAAAGGUAGCAAAGGGGAACUAGGUUCAUGUGACUGUGUAGAUGGAGAAAAAGGCGAACCUGGCAGUACUGGACCAACUGGACCUGGAGGAAUCAAAGGAGAUCAAGGGCCAGCGGGUGAGGAGGGAAAAACUGGCGAAAAAGGAGCCACAGGUGAACAGGGCAAUGAGGGUGAAGAAGGACCUCCUGGCCCAUGUGCUCCUACCACCCAAUCAGCUUUUUCUGCUGGACGAAAUGUCGAAGAUGGGUUACCAAAUCCGUUUUUCCCCAUACCAUUCACAGUAAUUUUCUACAACAGACAGGGACACUUUAAUCCUACAGUUGGAGUUUACAUAGCCCCAGUCAAUGGGACAUAUGAAUUUAGUUACCAUUUGUCAAUACUAACAAAUCCAAUUAAACUCGGAUUAUUUAAAAAUCGUAAAUUAGUUAUCAAGACAUCUAGCAAAGCUACCGAGGGUCAAGCUUCCCAAACUGUGAUAUUACAUCUUACUGCAGGGGACAAGAUAUGGUUACAAGUGAAGGAUUCUAGUUUCAAUGGUGUCUCCGCAGAUCAGGAUACUGACAGCACGUUCAGCGGCUUUCUCCUUUAUCCUGAUUCCUGUUUUCCAGUAAUUUCCAGGGCGUUAAUCCCAGCUAUGGAUCAAACUGGUUACUACAAUCCCUAUUUUGAUGAUGAACCCCCAACACCUCCUGCAGAUGAUGGCUCAGGUUCUGGUACUGGCUCUGGCUCCAACUACGUUCCUGAUUCUGGUUCUUCAUUUGAGCCCAGUCCUACUGCCAGUGAAGCCCCAUCAUAGAGGCAAAAAACAUUUAAAAUUCCACUGAAUCCAAAGUGAAUACAUAUGCCCACCAGCUUUAAGCCUGACUAUUUUCAGCUGUAAUCACCAAUCAGGCUAACUAGUUCAUAAAGGAAGCAUCCAAAAUAUUGAUUUAAAUAUGCUGUAAAAUCAUGAGCCAAGGCUUGUAGUUUUUUUUUUUGUUAUGCUAUACUUCUAACAAACCGUUAUUACUGUUUGAUAACUAGGAAUGAAAAUAGCAAUUCUUUCUUGUACCUCUGAAUUUUGGCAACUAUAAUUUUUCUUUUAUAUUCAUAAAUUUGAGAAUCUAAAGACAAGUCACAUUUCAGGUAUGUUGAGUGAUGCUUUAAUGGUUGGUUCUUUUUUAUGAUUGCACUCACAUACCUAUUGGAGAAACAUUUUCUUCACCAACAGUGUG